GUCACGCUUCAUCAUACUCAUCUCUACACCUACACUCACAACACAAAAAUGAGCCAAGGAGGAUACUACGGUGGAGGCGGCGGUUACGUGCAAGGUGGCUCACCAUACAGCGCCGGAGGUAGCCCAGGAGGUGGUAAUCGAAGAACGGACGCGUCUCAGUCGAUUAGGCCGUUUACUAUCGCCCAACUCGGAAAAGCCACUCAAGCGCAUACUGAUGCAGAGUGGAUGCUGGACGAGAUGGUUAUUGGACACGUAACAACAGUAGGCCAAGUAAUUCGCAUCCAAAAGCAGGCGACCAACAGCGUUUACAACCUUCACGAUGGCACGGGACACAUUGAGGUGCGGCACUGGAAUGAGACGACGAAUGAAGAAGAUGACGCCAAAUGGGGUGGUAUACAGGAAAAUCAGAACGUCCGUGUUGUUGGUUCCUUGAAGACAUUUGGCAGCAAGCGCUACCUGAAUGCGACGCAAAUUCGAGUAUCUGAAGACCCUCAUGAGACAUUCUUCCAUAUCUUAGAAUGCGUUACCUGUACUUUGAUUGCCGACAGGGGACCACCCGUCAUCGGCCAGCAGCAAGUCAAGUCGGACGGACCAUCUGUUGCUGGUUCAAGUACGUUGGCGUAUCAGUCUCAUUCGGCGCAACCGGUAUCGAAUGACGAAUAUGCACAUUUACCGAAACUGCAGCGAGACAUUGUGCACUUCAUGCUUAAGCAGGAGAGCAACGAAGAAGGGGUCCACGUUGCAUCUAUCGCUCGGUCUAUCGGUGGUGGCGAUGCGCAAAUGAUCAGUGACGCCCUUGACCGCUUAAUGGACGACGGAGUCGUAUUCAGCACCAUUGAUGACUCUCAUUUUAGUGUGUCUCGCUAAGAUGCCUUGAUCUUGUAGUCGUACAAGCCAACGUAAACGGCCAACCCAUAUUUGUAUUCUAUC